AUGUUUAAACAAUUAUCUUUAUUACUUGUUUGUUUGGCUGUUGCUUCGGCCACAAGCAUUGAAGCAAACUACUAUACCAUCAGAUAUUCCAGAAUCAAUUGUAUUAGAUGGCCAUGUCCAUAUUAUAUUGCUUCCACUCUCAAUGGAUUCUCUGGUGAUAUCGGUCUCGACGAUAUCAGAUUCGAUGCUUCCAUCGAUAGAGACAAGGUUUUCGAAAAGUUGGAGGAUGUCGUCAUCUAUGGAACUCUCACCACCGUUUACUACGGAUUCGACAAGGUUAGCCGUAUCAAUGCCCAAGCUGCCUACCGUCUCCUUCCAUUGUCACCAGUCAAUUCCACCCACUCUGGAUCUUUCUACAGCUUCUCCAACUCUGGAAUCGUGUGCAAGACCACUCCAUGUCCAUCAAUCAAAGCCGACUUAAUCAAUGGCUACACCAACCAAUUGGUAAGUGAACUCGUUACCCCAUACCAAACCUACACCAAAUUCGACUACAGUUGGUUACUCAACAAGUUGGUCUACACCGCCGAGCCACAAAAAGCAAUCAUCCAAGGUUCGUUUGUCAACGAGAAAUUCUACGCCACCGCAGUAUACGCCAACAUCCGUGACCACUACUCUGCAUGCCCACCAAUCCCCAAAAUUGGAUGUGGAUCAGGUUACACCCUCACCUACUUCAGAGAUGAAAACCGUUGUCUCUCCAUCGAUAAAUGUGUCCCAACUGGUUUCUGCAUUAAGUCCAUCCCACUCUGUAAUGAGGGUUACAACCUCGUUGGUGUUCCAUCAUCUCCAAAUGGAUGUCCAACCUAUUACUGUGAUGCAGCAUUCCUUCAAUAA